GGACCGGCCCCGCUCCCCCCGCUCCCCCGCCGCCCCCCCGCCCGCUGUCCUGCGCGUGGCCCGGGAGGGGGCGGGGCCGCGGCGGGGGCGGGGCCGCGUUGGCGCCGGCGGCCGGUGCCCGCGGAGCUGCUCGCCCCGGGAUGGAGCCCCCGAGCGGCACCGAGAGCGCCCGCCUGGUCAGCCCGAGGGGCGGCCGCGCCGACGGCAGCCUGCGCCUCAAGAGUCUGUUUGCAGGCUCCCAGGACACCCUGGCACCACCGCCCCCCCCGGCUCCGGCUCCCCACUGCCACUGCAGCCCCCGAGCCCCCAGCCCCGGCCCGGGGAGGCUCCAGGCCCGCCGGCAGCUGAGCGUCGCCUGCACCGUCUGCUGCCUCUUCAUGGUCGGGGAGGUGAUAGGCGGGUACCUGGCGCACAGCCUGGCCAUCAUGACGGACGCAGCCCACCUGCUGACGGACGUGGGCAGCAUGUCCGUCAGCCUCUUCUCCCUCUGGGUCUCCACCCGCCCGCCCACCAAGACCAUGAGCUUUGGCUGGCACCGCUCAGAGACGCUGGGCGCGCUGGCCUCCGUCCUCUCCAUCUGGGUGGUGACCGGGGCUCUUGUCUACCUGGCGGCCGCCCGCAUCGUCAGCAACGACUACGAGAUUGAGGCGCGAGCCAUGCUGGCCACCUCCGCCAGCGCCGUCGGCGUCAACCUGAUCAUGGCCUACAUCCUGCACCAGUCCCCCGCUGGCCACGGCCACGGCACAGGGGGCUACGAGCCCCUGGAGAGCACCGGGGGGUGCCUGCCCAGCCGUGCCCCCCUGCCCGGCAGCACCAGCGUCCGCGCCGCCUUCAUCCACGUGGUGGGUGACCUGCUGCAGAGCGUCGGCGUCCUCGUGGCUGCCACCAUCAUCUACUUCAAGCCCCAGUGCAAGAUUGCAGACCCCAUCAGCACCCUCUUCUUCUCCAUCUUCGUCCUCGGCUCCACCUUCACCAUCCUCAAGGACGUCUUCAGAGUCCUCAUGGAAGGGGCACCGCGGGGCGUUGCGUUCGACGCAGUGAAGGAGGUGCUGCUGGGGGUGAGCGGGGUGAAGGGCACCCACGACCUGCACCUCUGGGCGCUGACGCUGAGCCACCACGCCGUGUCGGUGCACGUGGCUGUCGACGCCAGUGCCGACCCCGAGACGGUGCUGCGGGAAGCCACCAUCCAGCUGCGGCGCAGGUUCGGCUUUGCCUGGUGCACGGUGCAGGUGGAGCGGUACUGGGAGGAGGCGGCAGCCUGCCAGCACUGCCAGGACCCCCGCGCCUGA